UUUUCAGCACCUCACUAAUCUACACCUAGAGGAUCUUCCAGAGCUAGAAUCAAUCCCAGAUCAACUACCAUCACUUAAUAUGCUCUUUGUUAAGGAUUGCGCAAAGAUUGUAUCGAUUCCAGCUUUGUCAAAACUGAAAUCACUAACAGUCCUUGGAUGCCCACAAUUGGAAAUGCGCUAUCAGAGAGGAAGUGGAGAGGAUUGGCACAAGAUUUCCCACGUUCGCCACGUCGACUUUUCUAGAAUAUAAUUCAACUAUUUUUUGUUGAACAAAUCCAGCUUAACUAUGAUUUUAGUAAUUUUUCUUCCAUUGACUUCAUUCAUUAAGAUGAAGAAGAUACUUUGAAGAAAGAAUACAAGGAUGUGUUGGAGGAUCUUCGGAAAGUUUGCGUAGUGACAAGGGGCGAAUCAAGUACAUGUUCCAGUGGGCAGAGUUGAAUGCAAGUGUCUUCGAAUUUGGCAUGAUGCUGCUUUGUUUGAUAAAUUCAAAACAAUCCAUGAUGCUGAUAUGAUGGAUCUUUACUUCCAUGGCAUUGCUGGUGGGAUGAAAUAAUGAACCCCUCUGGCCAUCCAAAACGAGAAGUGCUCGUUUUGGAUGAAACAGCAGAGUGGGGCGAAGAGGUAUAGUGCUUGGGAAGGAUGCAGGCUGAACUGUGGUAAGCGCCUCGUGGAACAUGAUAUGCCUGUGUAAGUAGUACAUAGAGGAUGACGUGGUUCCUGCUGUUGUAUCGCUUCUUCGCCUUAGGAUGCAUUUGUUUUUGAUGAAUUGUACAAAGAUUGGCACAGUGUAUGUUCUGUUUCUAGUGUUCAUUUAUAUAUGUACAUUGUUUGUGAGUUACAGCAAAUGGAGAAUCAUCAGCCUCAGCAGAUCCUUCCAAAACAGUCCGCGAUGGGUUAUGGAUCAGCUAUGGGGAUUCCAAGUAACGGUCAGUUCAGUAGCCCACGGAUUAGGGGCGGAAUGGUUGGGAUUUCUGACCGGGUAUGAAUAACUCACCAGUCCAUAAUUCAGCUUUGCAAGGUGGAGGGCUUGGGAAUUGGGAUGGUUGGUUUGGGGUCUAAUGGAACUCCAGCUGUUUCGUCAGACGGGCUCUCUAAGAGUGCUGUUUCGUCUUCAGUGUCACCUGUUCCUUACGUGUUUAACGGGGGUUUGAGGGGUCGGAAGAGUGCUGCUCUGGAGAAGGUGGUUGAAUGGAGGCAGAGGAGGAUGAUAAAGAACAGAGAGUCGGCUGCAAGGUCACGAGCUCGUAAGCAGGCUUACACCAUGGAGUUGGAAGCAGAAGUUGCUAAAUUAAAGGAGGAAAACGAACAAUUGCAGAAGAAACAGGCGGAGAUAAUGGAAGUGCAGAAGAAUCAGGCGCUGGAGAUGGUGAAACAGCAGAGUGGGGCGAAGCGACAGUGCUUGACAAGGACGCAAACUGGGCCGUGGUAAGGGCCACAUGGAACGAGAUACGUCUGUUUAAAUAGUACAUAGAAUACGACGUGGUUCCUGUUGUUGUAGAUGAGUACAGAGAGAGUUAGAGGAGUAGCGCUUCUUCGCCUUAGGAUGCAUAUCUCAUGUUUCAAUGGAAUGUAUGUGGAAAAAGUUUUAAAAAGGAAGGGUAGUCGAUUAGGUACAAAGAUUGGUAGAGUGCUGUUCCCAACUCCCAAAGUGUCGUGUUUCUUGUGUUC